GCGGCCUGGAGGGUCACGUGAGGGUGGGCGGUGGAGGUGGAGGUUUUUCUCCGCUGGCUUUUCAUCUCUAUGAUUGUCAGAGGCGGGCUGCUUUGACCCGAGAGCGUUGGAAACCCUGCUGCGGACAGGAUGUUUCGUCUUAACUCCCUUUCUGCAUUGGCAGAACUGGCUCUGGGCUCUCGAUAUUACCAUGGGGGAUCACAGCCCGCCCAGAUGAGGCGACGACUCAUGAUGGUGGCUUUCCUGGGAGCAUCUGCAGUCACUGCAAGUACUGGUCUCCUGUGGAAGAGGGCCCUUGCAGAAUCUCCACCAUCCGUUAACAACCUAAAGAGUGAAGUCGGUGAUAAAGGGAAGAAUAAGGAUGAAGGAGAAGUUGGUAACAAUGAAAAAAAAGCUGCAGAUGUUUGUCUUGAGUCUCAUCCAGAAGAGAAAAAGAAGAAACGUUCUGGGUUCAGAGACAGAAAAGUGAUGGAAUAUGAGAAUAGGAUUAGAGCAUAUUCUACACCAGACAAAAUCUUCCGAUAUUUUGCCACCUUGAAAGUAAUCAAUGAACCUGGUGAAUCUGAAGUGUUCAUGACUCCACAAGAUUUUGUGCGAUCCAUAACACCAAAUGAAAAACAACCAGAACAUUUGGGUCUUGAUCAAUAUACAAUAAAACGCUUUGAUGGAAAGGAUUUCUGGCAGACAGAGAAAAUUGCCCAGGAACGAGAAAAAUUUGCUGAUGAAGGCAGUAUAUUUUACACACUUGGAGAAUGUGGACUCAUAUCUUUUUCGGACUACAUUUUCCUUACAACUGUUCUUUCCACUCCUCAGAGAAAUUUUGAAAUCGCCUUCAAGAUGUUUGACUUGAAUGGAGAUGGAGAAGUGGACAUGGAGGAAUUUGAACAGGUUCAGAGCAUCAUUCGCUCCCAAACCAGUAUGGGUAUGCGUCAUAGAGAUCGUCCUACUACUGGUAACACCCUCAAGUCUGGCUUGUGUUCAGCCCUCACGACCUACUUCUUUGGAGCUGAUCUUAAGGGGAAGCUGACGAUCAAAAACUUCCUUGAAUUUCAGCGUAAACUUCAGCACGAUGUUCUGAAACUAGAGUUCGAACGCCAUGACCCUGUGGAUGGGAAAAUUACUGAGAGGCAGUUUGGUGGCAUGCUGCUGGCCUACAGUGGGGUGCAGUCCAAGAAGUUGACCGCCAUGCAGAAGCAGCUCAAGAAGCAUUUCAAAGAAGGAAAGGGUCUGACAUUUCAGGAAGUGGAGAACUUCUUUACUUUCCUAAAGAACAUUAAUGAUGUGGACACUGCAUUAAGCUUUUACCAUAUGGCUGGGGCAUCUCUUGAUAAAGUGACCAUGCAGCAGGUGGCCAGGACCGUGGCCAAAGUGGAACUCUCGGACCACGUGUGUGAUGUGGUGUUUGCGCUCUUUGACUGCGACGGCAAUGGGGAGCUGAGCAAUAAGGAAUUUGUUUCCAUCAUGAAGCAGCGGCUGAUGAGAGGCCUUGAGAAGCCCAAAGACAUGGGCUUCACCCGCCUCAUGCAGGCCAUGUGGAAAUGUGCACAGGAAACUGCCUGGGACUUCGCUUUGCCUAAACAGUAACGCAAAACUGCAGGAGAGACCUCCUCCUCCACCCAGAGCACCCUGACCCCUGGGACAGAGCCUUGGCACAACCCUUCCGGCUGUUGCUUCUGGAAGUACUGCUCCCUUCCUCUUGGGAAUGAUCUCAGGAUUCAACCAGUCUUCCCUCUCCACCCCCCUUCCCCUGGCUUGGCGUUUCUUCUAGGCUCUGCUUCUGCCCAGUGAUCAUCCCCACAGGUUCUCAGAAACAUGAACAAGUCGUAAAAAGUCGGACUUCUGGCACCUUCCUCAGCACUAUGCCUUCAAGCACCCUAUGGAUAAAGAAUGCAGGGAACCAUCCACAUACCUGCCAACCCUGGCGACCGCUCAGUUCUUUAGUCCUUUUUGCUGUGGAUUUACAUCGGGAGCAUUCCUUGCUCUUCCUCCCGCUGGUGAUUUUAAGCCACAGUUGGGCAGAUGUCUGAAGGGCAGAAGGAAGACUGUGAUAAAGGGUCAUGGGGAGGGGCCAGGCAGCCUGAGCUGGCGGGAAGCCUGGGCCAGGGAAACGAUCCAUGUAGGUCCCCAGGGUGGAUGUGAGGCCUGCUCUGGGCAAGUGAUAUGCGCAGUGGGAAUGGAGCAGGGUUUGGAAUUUCGAGCAGCUGCUUCACGGCUCUGAGGCUCCCUGAGAGAACUCCGCCAGUACUCGGUGCCUGACGAGCAGCAGUGAUUGAGGCCGUAUUCCCUGCAAGUGCCAUUUCCCUCUAGGAAUGCAUCUCUGAAGCCGAGGCCUGGCUCACCGCUGGUCUGCCCGCUGUCUUAAACACUUGUAAAAUAUCACUUUAAUUAUAAUAGUUUGCAGUAAACUCCCCCCCAACCCA